AUGUAUGACCGUGCCAGCAGCACUGGCGACGAGUCGAGAACAGGUCCAGAGAGUGUAUCAUCCGAGGUUCCUGUGCGGUUUGCACAUGAUCCAGGUUACAUGGUUACGGAAACAGGUCCCGGUCCAAAAAGCAACAAAAGCAAGGGGAAGAACGCAAAGAAAAAUCCCUUCAAAGGGCAACUCAGAAUGGGUCCUUCAAAAGAACAGCAAAAGCAGGGCCUGUCCAGGAAACGGAAAUGGAUUGGAUUCCAAUGGGAUCUUUGUGGAGCCAGGGAGGUGGUAGCAGAUCCACGGGUUGCAGUAUGGGAUGGAAGCAGUAGUAUAGUCAGUAGUGGUGUUUCUGAUUCAGAGUCUGAGAUGAGAAAAAGAGGAAGCAGAAUGGGGGAUGCAGCAAAAGGGGGAGACGCCGGGUCUUUAACCAGCAUGGGCAGCGGGCCUUCUGUUACGGUGCGGGCAAUCACCGCGUGGGGCCUCGGGAGACGGUGCGAGCCGGGCGUGAACCGGACUUGCGCAGGGUGUGAUUCCGCUGCAGAAAUCACGCCUUGUCUGCCAAUCGCCCGCGGCUUGACGUGGCAUUUUCAGUACAUCAUCGCCCUCGCUCUGCCCGGACGAUUGGACCACAGGCCUUCUCCUGCCACAAAACAGUGCUACGAGGCGGUCCUGCGCCUGUACAACUGGCCCAGAGUCACACCCUCCGGCAGUCAUACGAGCCAACCAUACAUGGACUUGCCGGGUGUGUCUGCUGCAGAGCAAUUGCAAUCCUACCGGCAAAGAAGGAGGGGGGAGAGCAUGAGACACGGGUUACGAGAAUAA